AUGGAUCUUUCUCAACGAAUAAUUAUUGUCGGAGGAUGUGGAACGUUCGGUCUCUCGACAGCCUGGCAUUUAUCAAAGCGAGGCUACACCAACAUCAUUUGUGUUGAUCGCUGGAUGUUCCCCAGCAAGUCCUCAGCGGGAUUUGACCGGAACAAGAUUGUCAGGACAACGUACGGUGAUCCACUGUAUGUGAAGUUGGCCGAGGAAGCUAUCCAGCUGUGGAAGCAACCCAUCUUCAAAGGCAUCUUCCACCGAACGGGUUGGGUCUUAGGGACCACCGCUCCACCAACAAGUACAGACCUUGGUACUUCGAGCAAUUCAAUAAGCGCCGCUGGAGCCUUUGACGCUAUGAUACACACACAUCGUCUCCACGGCCGCACUGACGAAGUCAUGCCGCUUCCAGAUACCUCCGCAUUACAGAACAAAUUUUCUGAUUUCUUCAGCCAUGCUCCCGGAUUUCGUGGGAUAUUCGAUGGUAACGCAGGAUGGGUAGAUGCCGCGCGAGCUCUCGAGGUCGUUGGUCGUGAAUGUCAAGCACGCGGAGUUCGGUUCGUCGUCGGUCCAAAGGGUACUGUCAAGUCUCUCAUCAGGAAUCAAAAUGCACACCAGUCGAACGAAGUCACCGGCUUAUUGAUGGAAGACGGGUCAAUAUUUGACGCCGACAAAAUUGUGAUGUGUGUUGGUGCAUAUACGGAAAGCUUGAUUGACAUGGAAGGGCAAGUGACGGCCGUUGCAUACAGCACUGCUCACAUCGCUCUCACUCCCCCAGAGCUCAAGAAAUAUCAAAACAUGCCCGUGAUCUUGGUAGAAGGCCUGGGAUAUGCGUUCCCCCCGGACCAAAAUGGGCACAUCAAAAUCUGUGAUCUGCACGUAGGUCAUCCGUGGAAACAAAAUAUUCUUGGCCGUCCCCAGCCGGUCUCUCUGCCUCGAGAUGCAGCCUACCAUGAAACAGACACUUUGCCUGAUGAAGAUGUGUCGGAGGUACGAAGGUUUAUCGACUAUUGUCUGCCACAGUUUUCUCGUCGGUCUUUUGAUAAAACAGCCAUGUGUUGGGACACUGAAUCAUUCGACUACGGUUGGAUCAUCAGCCCCCAUCCCUCUUCCCCAAAAACUCUAUUCCUAGCAACUGCCGGUAGCGGUCACGCUUUCAAAAACCUACCUAAUUUAGGAAAGUAUGUCGCCGAUUGCUUAGAGGGAUGCCUAAGCCCCCCACUUCGGGAAGCUUGGCGGUGGCGCCCCGACCAAGUGGCUUCGACUGCGCCUAUAGAUCGAGUUGACUUGGCCCAUUUAAGCGGCUGGCAGCAUCCGUCCGAAUACGAUUACUCCAAUAAUAGCUUCGCAAUCAAGCCAAAGCUCUGA